AUGAAGGCUGCACCUUCCGUACGGGUGCCACUUAAGGCUACCGCCCGCAAUACCAGAUUCGUGAGCGGCACCAACAACUCCCGUUCAUCUGUCGCCUCCGUCACCGCAAACACAUGGCAACCGCUUUCACGGGCUCCUCCGCCACAGCCGCGAAAGGCCCUGAAUGCGCCGCUGGCUAAACUGCCCCUCUCAUCUGUUCUGCGCUCUUUGCUUGUCCUCUCUGUCUCCUCAUCUACUCUUCUUCUCAAGCCAUGCAUUUACACGCUAUCGCUCCUUGCGCACCCGCGCAAUGCGUUCUGGGACGUGGCAAAGAAUCCUCUCCUAAACAUGCUUAUCAAGCACACUAUCUACAAGCAGUUCAACGCUGGUGAGAACAAGCUUGAAGUUCAGGAGUCUAUCAACAAUAUCAAAGCUCUCGGAUGUCGGGGUGUUCUUCUUGGAUACGCCCGCGAAGUUCUUGUCGGUGAGAACGACGAUGCUGCAUACGAUGUGAAGGCCGCUCUGGCUGAGAUCCAGAUGUGGAUGGAUGGAACCCUGCAAACCGUCGACAUGGCUCAACCCGGUGACUUUGUCGCUCUGAAGUUCACCGGAAUGGGCACUGAUGCUCUCCGCCUCCUGCAAUCUCAGAGCAUGCCCACCGAGCUUAUGGACACUUCUAUCCAGAAGGUUUGUGACCUCGCCAUCUCCCGCGGUGUUCGCUUGCUUGUCGAUGCCGAGGAGCAGGCCGUGCAGCCCGGUAUUGAGGCCUGGAUCAUGAAGUAUCAGAAGUACUGCAACUCUAAGACUCCUGGACGGGCCAUUUUCUACGGAACCUACCAGGCUUACCUGCGCUCGACCCCGGCCACUCUUGCUCGCCACCUUGAGAUCGCUCGCGCUGAGGGAUACACUCUGGGUGUCAAGCUGGUCCGCGGUGCCUACAUGAAGACCGAGCCCCGCCACAUCGUCUGGGCCGAGAAGGAGGAUACAGACAAGUGUUACGACGAGGUGGUUGCCGCGCUUCUUACCCGCAAAUACAACUCCAUGCUUCAAGCUCCUUCAAAGGAGACCCCAGCCGAACUCCCUCCCGUGAACGUCAUCAUCGCUACCCACAACCGCGAGUCUGUCCAGAAAGCCCACGCUAUCCGGAUGGAGCAGGCUACCCGCGGUGAGGACUACGGUGUUGACCUCAGCUACGCUCAGCUGCAGGGUAUGGCCGAUGAGGUCAGCUGCGAGCUCCUGCAAGGUUUCGAGUCCGCCGAGAACAGUGUCGGCGCUUCCCCCAUUGAUGCCCCCAACGUUUUCAAGCUCUUGACUUGGGGCUCUGUCAAGGAGUGCAUGGGCUUCCUGCUGCGUCGCGCCGUUGAGAACACUGAGGCCGUUGGCCGGACCAAGGAUUCGCAGAUUGCUAUGGUUGCUGAACUGAAGCGCCGCUGCGGUAACGCUUUUACCAGCCGCAAGUAA